AGGCCACGCCCUCCCCGGUCGGGAUAGCCCUGUGUGUGGCGGGGGGCGGAGUCUGCGAGGGGGCGUGGUCAGAGCGCGCGGGGUGGGCGUGGCUUGAGUGGGCGCGGCGGGGCCGGGCGGGGGCGUGGCCUCGCGGCGGGGGGCGUGGCCAGGAGGGGCGGAGCUCCGCAAGGGGGCGGAGCCUGGGGCCGGAGCGGAGCCGUCGCCCCGGUGCCGGUGUCCCCGCGCCCCCCCCCCCUCCUCCUCCCCCCCCCUCCCGGUUCCCUCCGGCCCCCUCCCAGGCCCCGGCUCCGCUGCAGGGGAACGGCCCCGCCCCGGCUGCGGCUCCGGGCACCGCCGAGACCCCCCCGCUACCGGCAUCGCCCCCCCAGCACCGACAUCGCCCCCCCGGCACCGGCAUCGCCCCCCCGCUACCGGCAUCCCCCCCCCCAAACCGCUACCGGCACCCCCCCUCCGGUACCGGCCCCCUCCUCGACACCAGCACUCCCCCCAGUACCGGAUCCCCCCCCCCCCGGUACCGGAUCCCCCCCCCCGGUACCGGAACCCCCCCCGGUGCCGCCCAUGGGCCCCCGGUGGGGCGAGGCCUGAGCGGUUCCCAGUCGUCCCCCCCCCCCCCCCCCUCCCCGGGAGCCGCGAUGGGAGCGGCCGUGGGCUGAGCCCCCUGCAGGCCCUGCCGCGAGCCCCGGACGGGACCGAGAUGGAGCCGUGAGAGGAGGCUCCGCCGCUCGCCCCCCGUCCGCCGCCCCCCGUCCCCGUCCCCCCGGCGCCGCCGGCGGAGGAUGGCGAAGCUGCUGGUGCCGCUGGUGGUGCUGGGGGCGGUGGCGGGGGCCCAGCGCUGCCCCCCCCGCUGCCUGUGCCCGGCGGCCGCCCCCAGCCCCACGCUGCUGUGCGCCCGCACGGGGCUGCUGGCGGUGCCCCCCAGCCUGGACCGCGGGGCGGUGGAGCUGCGGCUGGCUGACAACUUCAUCGGGGCCGUGGGGCGCGCCGACUUCGCCAACAUGAGCAGCCUGGUGCACCUCACCCUGUCCCGCAAUGGGCUGCGGCGCCUGGCCCCCGGCGCCUUCGCCGACCUGCGCGCCCUGCGCGCCCUGCACCUGGACGGCAACCGGCUGCCGGCGCUCAGCGGGGCGCAGCUGCGGGGCCUGGCCAGCCUGCGGCACCUCAUCCUGGCCAACAACCAGCUGGCCGCCAUCGAGCCCGCCGCCUUCGCCGCCUUCGCCGCCACCGUGGAGGACCUGGACCUGUCGCACAACAACCUGCCGGCGCUGCCCUGGGAGGCGGUGGCCGGCAUGGCCAGCCUGGCCACGCUGACGCUCGACCACAACCUGCUGGAGCGCGUCCCCGCCGGCGCCCUGGCCGGCUUGCCGCGCUUGGCCCGCUUGGACCUGACGGCCAACCGGCUGCGGGCGCUGCCGCCGGUGCCGGGCCCGCCGGGCCCCAGCUUGGCGGCGGGCGGCAACCCGCUGCACUGCAACUGCGAGCUGCUGUGGCUGCGGCGCCUGGCGCGGCCGGACGGGCUGGAGAGCUGCGCCUCGCCGCCGCCGCUCGCCGGCCGCCUGCUCUGGGCCGUGCCGGAGGAAGAGCUGGCGUGCCGAGCCCCCGCCAUCGCCGGGGCGGCCGCCAGCCCGGCCGCCGUGCUGGAGGGGCAGCCGCUGCGCCUGGGCUGCGCCGCCGCCGGGGACCCGCCGCCGGCGCUGCACUGGUUGGGCCCUGACGGGCGGCUGGUGCAGAACGGCUCGCGGCGGGCGCUGGGGGCCGACGGCUCGCUGCAGCUGCGGGUGGCCACGCUGCGGGACCACGGCGCCUUCACCUGCGUGGCUUCCAACGCCGCCGGCGAGGCGGCCGCCCGCGUGCAGGUGGCCGUGCUGCCGCUGCCCGUGCCCCGGCGGGACGGGGAGGGCGAGGGCGAGGCGCAGCCCGGCCCCGAGCCCUCGGACAUGGCCCGCGCCGGGGGCAACGAGUCGCGGCCGGCGGGCGAGCGGCGCAUCGUGGCAGCCGAGCUGACGGCCUCCUCGGCGCGCAUCCGCUGGCUGCCGCAGCGCCACGUGCCGGGGCUCCGCAUGUUCCAGAUCCAGUACAACAGCUCCCUCGACGACUCCCUCGUCUACAGGCUGCUGCCGCCCUCCAGCCGGAGCUUCGUGCUGCGGGACCUGGCGGCGGGGCGCGAGUACGACCUCUGCGUCUCGGCGCUCUACGCCGAAGGCUCGGCCGCGCCGCCCGCCACCCGCGCCCUGGGCUGCGUCCGCUUUGCCACGGCCGGGGGGAGCCCCGGCUGCGCCGCCCCCCGGCCCCAUUUCCUGGGGGGCACCGUCAUCAUCGUCAUCGGUGCUGCCAUCGCCGCCUCCGUCCUCGUCUUCAUCCUCAUCCUCACCGCCCGCUACAAGGCCGCCCGCCGCCUGCCCGCCGCCAACGUCGCCAGCGUCUGCUCGCAGACCAACGGCACCCACAGAGCCCCCGAGCCGGAACCGCCGCCCCCGCCGCUGCCCCCGCCGUCGGCCCCCCCAGCACCUCCGGUACUGGCACCCUUGGGUGCUCCCGGGGGUGCGCGGGGGCUUUUUCCCAGCCACAGCUACCCGCGGCGCGCCCGGACUCGGCGGCACGGCUCCCUGCCCCGCCUCGACGCGCCCGACGCCCUCCCCACCCUGCGCCCGUCCUUCGGCAGCACCCACUGGAUGCUGGAGAGCACCGUCUAAAAGGGGGGGGGGCUGAGGAGGGGAGGGCAGCACCCUAGGGUGCUCGAAUGCAACCCCAGGUGCUCCCGGGCACCUUUGGGUGCCCAACUGGGUGCUUGAAUGUGGCGCCUGGGGUGCUCCUGAGCACCCUUGGGUGUCCCCUGGGUGCUUGGAUGCAGCCCCAGGUGCCGCCGAGCACCCUUGGGUGCCAGCACACGGCCCCCUUCCCCCCCCCCCCCAACCUGCCCCCACCCCGAGAGCCCAAACGCAGCUGGCAGUGCCCGCACCC